AUGUUUUACGUUAAUGGUCAGGUUGGAACGAACCAUCCUCUCCUGAAGACUGCGAAAAACAUCCUGAUAGGGUCACGCAGCAAUCUUCAGUCCGUCGGCCUCAUAGUGCUACUGGUUUCGAAAGCUGCCUCGUACAACCCUAGAGAGUACACGCUGGAUCAACACGACUCUGGAGUUCUUUAUGCUCAGCGGGCUCUAGCCGAGAUUGUGGAGAUGAAGAGAACUGGCCAUUUGAUACACAAGACCAUGGCCAACCUCCAGGACAAACAGAAGCACGGAGAGAAGUUUAAAGAUCUGCUGUGUGGGAAUAAAAUUGUGUUAUUAACUGCUAACAACGAAAUUAAAAGACACUACGAUUGGGAAAAUGAGAAUAAUCUCGGUAAACUGGGUUCCAAUGAAUUCCUCGGCCAAGGAAAAGAUGAAUGGGUCCUCCGCACAAUGUUGACAUCCGGAAGUUUACUCGCCAAGGGUUGUCAAGCAGCUAUGAAGCUUAGCAAUCGAGGAGAGGAAUUGGAAAGAGAAGCCUACAAGCUUGGCGGACACUUGGCAAUGAUCUGGCAACUGUAUUUAGACGUGAAAGACUUUUUCACACACCCAAAUUCUUAUUCCUUAGUCGGAGCUCCAGUGACAUUGGCUAUAUGGGAAUAUCCAACGAUAUAUGGACAUAUUUUAGAGGCCAAAUUGGAAAAGAAGGAGGUAGAAUUCAAACCUUUGUACUAUGCCGUAAUGGGCACGAGGUGUUUUGAGUAUUUGAGGCAGCUCCUCGACGAAGAAUUGGUGGCAGUCCUUCAAUGUUGCGAGAAAUUUCCUGUAGAAGAAGCAAGAGUAGCUUUGCAGAAAAUGGCUAUAUCUGUCCAUAGUGAGGCUGUGCAAUAUAUGCCAGAUAAAUGA